CAGCUCCGUGUCCUCUCGGUGUUUGUUUGUUGUCUAUUCAGUGUUCGCUCGGCUUUAAGAAACAAUGGCGAGUGUUCCGGUUCAACUCUGAGCCGUUCCGAAUGCGCUCUGCUGAAGGGGGUUUGGACUUAAUGCUAAGCUUAGCUGUACAUGCUAACAACUGUGUCACAGCUCAGUAAUGUCAACAUUCAUCCGAACGAUGGCUGCCUCGAGAAAACUGCCAUUGUUCCGUCUGCCUCCCCUGCCGACUGUAGGUGAGCUGAUAAAGCUGUACAACCUGCGAGCUGAGAAACAGCUGUCCCAGAACUUUCUUCUGGACUUGAAGCUCACAGACAAAAUAGUGCGCCAGGCAGGCAGUUUGAGGGAUGCCUAUGUGUGUGAGGUGGGUCCGGGUCCCGGGGGCCUGACCCGCUCUAUCCUCAAUGCCGGUGCUGCUGACUUGCUUGUGGUGGAAAAAGAUACACGUUUCAUUCCCGGGCUGAAGCUGUUGUCAGAGGCAGCACCGGGGAAGUUGAGGAUUGUCCACGGGGACAUACUCACCUACAGAACAGACCGGGGAUUCCCGCAAAGUAUCUCAAAGCCAUGGGAGGGAGAUCCACCAAAUCUUCACAUCAUAGGGAAUCUUCCAUUCAGCGUCUCAACCCCCCUCAUCAUCAAGUGGCUGGAGAACAUUGCCAACAGGACUGGGCCCUUCGUCUACGGGCGCACUCGGCUCACGCUCACCUUCCAGGAAGAGGUGGCAGAGAGGUUGACUGCGAGCACUAGCAGCAGACAGAGGAGUCGUCUGUCCGUCAUGGCUCAGUAUCUCUGCACCGUCCGCAGCCGCUUCACCAUCCCUGGACGGGCCUUUGUCCCUAAACCAAAGGUGGACGUGGGAGUUGUCCACUUCACUCCUCUGGUUCAGCCCCAGAUCGAGCAGCCCUUCAAGAUGGUGGAGAAAGUGGUGAAAAACGUCUUCCAGUUUCGCAGGAAGCACUGCUACAGAGGAGUGGAGAUGUUGUUCCCGGAGGCGUGCCGCGUCGACCUGACGCAGGAGAUGCUGCAGAGGGCGGACGUGGACCCCACUCUGCGCCCGACAGAACUCACCAUACCCCACUUCAGGGCCUUAGUGGACGCCUACGCUCAUCUGUGCGCCACUGAUCCCAGUCUCUUCCACUACGACUUCAGAGACGAGCUCAGAGCGAAGCACGUGAGCCGGAAAACCGACUCACCAGCGGACACAUUUAUGGACACGUCGGCCACCUCACUGCAACCCUGCUGAAAGGAACCAAGAAAAGCCAACUAAUAGCUUGUGUUAGCUCGGGGAGACAACAGUCUGCUCUCAGCUUUGACAUUUCCACCUGGCAUCAGCAUGCAUUUUUAAAAUGU